AUGGCCCCCCGCGCUCAGCCGGCCCGCCGACGACGACGCAGCCACAUGCAGCCCCCGCCGUCGGUGGACGUCGCUCUACCGCCGCCUCCGCCGGCCGCCCGCGCCAUGGGGCGCCGCGUGCCGACGUUGACGACCCACCGAUGCCUGUUGGACCUGGCGCUCGCCGACGCUGCUUCCUGCCGACGCUGCACGGACGGGUUCGGGGUUGGGGGAGACCCGCUGCUGGAGCUGGUGUGCAGCUGCCGCCGCCGCCGCCGCUGCCGACGCGAUUGCCGUCGCCGACGACCGACGGUCGAUGCCGGCACGCGAGCCCCUGGCGGCCGCCUCUUCCUGCCGUCACGUGGGGGGGAGCAGCCUCCGCCUCCCCCGGCAUCUUCCGACUCACCUGGACGCGCCUCCUCUUCUGCCCCCCCUUCCGCUCCUCCCGGUCACCCGUGA